GACUUGUACGCCAUCGGCGCGAAGAUCGGUCAAGGGUCGUACGGCUCCGUCAACACGGCCUUCACCAGGGAGUCGAACGUCCAGCGGGCGGUCAAGACCAUCGACAAGACAAGGCUGACCUCCAAGACCAGUGACAAGCUCCGCGUCGCCAGGCUGCGCCUCUUCCAGCGAGAGCUGGCCAUCAUGAAGAUGCUGGACCACCCCCACAUCGUGAGGCUCUACCACACCUUCGAGGAUGCCAGGCACCACUUUCUCGUCAUGGAGUCCUGCGAGGCCACGUCGGCCCACGUCUUGGGGCAGGUCCUGAAGGGCACCAACUAUCGGACCAAGUCGAACACAUUCGAGCAGCUCUUCUGUACCCAGGACGUGGAGCUGCUGCUGAGGUAUCUGGAUGGGCAAUUGGCAGAUUCAUUACCACCACUCGUGCAGGCCGCAGUCCAGCAGAAGAGCACGGACUACAUCACGGGCGUCCACGCGGACAUCCUCGAGCCCAGGAGCGUCACCUACAUCUAUGUCCUGUUCGCGCACUCUGGUUUCUAUAUUGGCAAGUGUAAUGGCCAACGUCGCUCGGGGAUUCCCUCAGGCGUCGCGGCCCGCGCGAUGGAGCACCUCCGAGCGCUUCGACUACCAGCUACACGGGAUGGGAAGAUCGCACGGUAUCGCUUGCUGCGGGAGUCGCUGGGCUCAGUGGCUUACCUACCAGUGUACCAUUUCGAGUCUGAGGUGCGGGCCCUGGCCAUGGAGUCUAGCCUCAUUGGCAUGCUGGACCCACCAUGCAAUGGUCUCGAUGUGGCCCAGCUACCAUGGAGCACCAAGACUGAAGAGUACGCCGCGCACCUCCUGCUCGGCAUGGCUAAGGAUACAGAGGUCUUCGCCUUCGUCAAGAGCAAGUGCUGGCACCCACAGGGCGGCCACCUCUGCACCAAGGCGGGCCACUCCUGCGUCCGUCGGGUCGUGGACAUGGCGGGCACCCCGUUCGCGAAGGGCUGGAGGACCAUGGGGCGCGCCGUGCGUGCAGUCGUGGCUGGCACAGGCCGCUCCAGAGAAGUCUUCAGCAUGGACGACGUCGUCCCCGCGCUGAGGGGGCGCAUCCUGGCGGAGGCUCUGGCACCAGGCCUGCAGGCCGCCAUGGCGAGUGCUGUCACGAGCACGGCCCCCGUGGCGGUGCUCACCCCGCUCCAGCGCCACCUCAUCUGCGCGGAGCUGGACCACAGGGCGAAGCUCACCGAGGGCACGCUGGAGGAGCUCAUCAAAGAGAUCGGGAGCAAGUGGUCGCAGAGGGCCGUGGUGCAGCGCCUGGGCGAUGGCAUCAAGCGCAUGGGCGACCCCACGACCAAGGGCGUGGUCAUUUUGCCUACUUCCGUGUUCUUGUUCCUCACUAUCCUCACCCUCACUUGCGGAGUCGUUGUCGGUUACCAGCUCGUACCACGGGGUUUCAUGACUUACAGCUACCUGAAGUACUUGGCGAUCGAAGCCGUACGCAAUCUUGCCAUAGGCCCUGUUGGUGUGGUCGGCCACGGCCUGAUCGUCUCCUGCGUGCCCCGCCUGUUCGCGCUGGUCUUGACGGGCUGGUGCAGCCACGCCGUGUUCUUCUGCCUCGGGCCGCUGGUGGGCGUUUUCGUGGUGCCCGCGCUCUGGAGCUGGAGGUCGCAGGCUGCGGGUGUGAGAGCCCCAGUCCCCUCGGAGGCGGUCAGGGCGGGCACAGAGGGCUCGGCGCCGUUCGGUUGUGCAGCUUCGCCUGUUGGCUUCACCGCAGACGAGGGCCGCCAUUCAGAAUGUCACGGCCAGGUGAUGUGCACGCCGCACGCCUUUCGAUAUCGUGUGGGAGGACCCGCAGUGCAUCAUGAGCGGAUUACGUUGCUGGACUGCCUCAUGCACCCGAUGGUGCGCGACUCGGCUGGGCGGUGGGCGCUGGUCUUCGCCGCGGCGGCCCUGCUGGCCUCCUCCACGCCCCAGGCGGACGGGCCGACCAUGGGUUGUCGGACGACGCAGUGGUGCCUCGACCAAUCGAGGCACGGCGCGGGCGGCCCGCUGGCGUGGCACUCCAAGUGGAAGGCGGAGGCAAGGCUGCGUGACACGGACUCGAUCGGCCAGCAUUGCGAGAUGAACGGCAGGCUGCCCGAGCUAGGCAGUUGCUACGACCAGGUUGACUACGCGGAGUUUGUGUCGCACGAGCUGAUCUGCCGCCAGAGCCCGCCCAUCGAGGGGCGACGCUGCGAGGGCACCGUCACCGCGCAAGUGGCCGCGGAGGACAAGCAGGCGGGGAAGGACAAUAGUGCCAAAGUUGCCAGCGAGAGCUUGCUGGUGGUGGAGGUGGACCGCUACGUGGGGGUGUCGGCGAGCCAGGGCCACCUGUGCAUCGCGACGGCCCUCGCGGACUUCAUCGUUGACCAUGCGAGGGCGGACGCCGCCAUCGCCGAGGAGAGGCGCAAAGCCCGCGAGGAGCGGGCGGCGCGCGUGUGGCUUUUCGAGAGCUUCUCCCAGGCGGGUGCAGCAGCCUUGACAGAGCUGCUCGCGUCGGCGCCUGGGUACUCCUCUGACUCCCAGCGCGUCAAGCACUACGGCAAGGACAUGGUGUCCUGGCCUGAUCUUUCGACGGCUCCAGUGGAUGUCGCUGAUCUCGCCGGGGGGGCCGAGCGCGAAUCUUUGUCGGGGUGGAGACGGGCCGUGCUCAAGGGUGAGCCGUCUGCUUCAGAUCUGAGUGCGGCUUCGGUGCCGCAGCGUCCUUACGUCGACCCGAUUUUUGGGCAACAACCCCAGGGCCUACGCCCCUUCGUGGGGAAGUCGCUGCAGGGUGGUAUGAUCUCCUUCCGUGUGGCGCGGGCCGGUGAUCCUUAUAGUUUAGGUUUUUUCUUUGUCGAGAAGGUUGGCAAGGGCACGCUUCGCCUCGUCUUCGACACGAGGGUGGCGAACGAGGGCUUCGCGGCGCCGCCCAAGACCACGCUCCCCACGGCGGCGGCGCGGGCCGCCCUGGAGUCGGACCACCCCGUGGUGCUGGACAGCGUGGCAGCUGCGGGCUACGUCGACAACUUCGCCAUCGCGGGGGGCGACCCCAUCGCCGUCACCACCAAGAGGGAUGAGGUGACUCGCACGCUGGAGGCUUGGGGGCUACCCGCGCACUCGCUCGACACCGCCUCGGCCGUAUCCGUCUUCACGGGGCUCGGGAUCAAUGGCGACCUCGGGACCGUGAGGGUGAAGCCUGCUAGCGUGAUGCGCCUUCGGCAGGCGUUGCUGGCGGUCUUGCGGCGAGGCGCCGCCUCGCCUCGCAUGCUCGAAGUCCUUCUGGGCCACAUCACGUGGACGAUGAUGUGUAAAAGAGAGACCCUCUGCAUCCUGUCAUCUGUCCACGCCUUUAAGUCCCAGAAGGGCCCUGGAGUCGGGCCCCUGUGGGCCUCCGUCAAGUUCGAGCUUUGGUGUGUGGCUAGUACGUUACCUCUAUGGGCGUCGCACAUGAAUAUCCCCUGGGGCCCCCACGUCUCGGCUUCGGACGCUACUCCUAUCGGUGUGGGCGUGUGCACUCGCAAGGAGGUCGGGCCUCGGGUGGCCGAAUUUGGGAGGCAGGCGGAGAGGUGGAGAUCUCGUUGUACUUCGGCGGUUUCGGCACGUUCGAAUGCGCUGGGUCUCGGAGGGGCCCCCGACGACUUCGAUCUCAUCGAGGGGUUCUUGGACUCGAACCCUGAGGGCUUCUGCAAGGGCUUCAACGAGAUCCCCGAGGAGCUCAUGCAGGUCUCGUCGUGGGUCACCGUGAUCUCCAGGAGGCACUGGAACCCGUCCAAUAACAUUUUAGAGCACGAGGGUGACGCGCUGUGCGACGCAGAGUUGUUCGGGGGGACCCUCAGCUUCCUCGAGAACUCAGCGGGGUCGGACCCUACUCGGGCUCGGUACCGCUGCCACGCCCUGCGCUUCCUGGACUGGUUGGGCUGGCACGAGCUGAACCUCACCGCCGCCAGCCAGCUGGACAGCGUCCUCGCGUGCUUCCUGACGGACUUGGCCCUGUGCGGUUUCGACACAGCGACGGGGAGGAUGACGGUCGCGGCGCUGCGCCACUUCCUGACGCACAUCCUAGUCGGGAAGCGACCGCUCCCGCGGUCGGCGCGAGCCCUCGAUGGGUGGCGCCGCUUGGGUUCGCGGCAGCUGCGCCUGCCUCUUCCUCGCUCGGCCGCGGUGGCAGUCGCAGGGUGGCCCAUCUGGAUGAACCUGCCCAGCAUGGCGAUCUUCGUGGCGCUGGUCUCCCCCGCGUACCUCAGGCCGUCGAAGACCUACAGGCUGCGCGUGGGCUCGCUGGUGCCGCCGAUCCCAGGGGCGAACUUCAACGCGUGGGGCAUCAUCGUGAACGACGCGGUGCUGGACGACGCCCCCGGGCUCUGGCCCGCGCGGCACGCGCUGACGCUCAACGCGCCCGUGAACGCCAGCCUCUUGAACCUCAGGCCCGCCGUCGAGCGCGCGAUGUUCCGCCAGGCCUUGCACGAGCGGGGGCUGCAGAGGCGGAUCAGGGACCUCGCGCCUCGGAUCGCCGAGUUCGGCGAGCAGGUGUUCGCAAGGCUCUCGGAGCUGAUCGAGGUCGGGUUCGUGAAGGGCAGCGUCCCGCUGCCAGUGCCGCUCCAGCCGGCGCCCGCCCUGCCGCGGGGCGCGAAGCGGGCGCCCGUUCUGUCCAGAAAGUAG